GGCGGGGGGGGGCUUUAAAGGAGCCAUGUCCCCGGCGCGACAGCCUCGGCUGCUGUUGCUGCUGCUGCUGGUGCUGCUGGAGAGGCCGGAGCCGGGCGGGGGACCGAAGAGGAAGGGACGGCAGCAGUUCUGCCCGAGCCAAGCAGACCAGCCGACCCAACCCUGAGCGCCCGGGGGGGCGGGGUGGCGGUGGCGGCAGAGGCGGCGGCCCCCGCCACAGGAUGGUUGUCUGGCAGUAAUUGUUGCAAAUCCACCAAAGCCUUGAUGUUUGGUUUGUGAAAUUGACACAGCGGAAUCCACAAGGAAUGGAGAAAUCGGUUUCCACUGCUUUAUCAGAACAGGAGAAAGAGCAUGAGGAUGACCAAGGAAAAGCUGUGCCAAUGACCCUUGUGUCAAACAAAGAGGAUCUUAUUGCCCUUGAGUAUCCCCAAGGUGAAGCGAGAAUUCCUACUUUUUUUAAAGAUGCAAAAACAUCUCUUGAGCUCAUAGCUUUGUUGAGGGCAUCAAAGGAAGGGGGGAUUGAUCUGAAAGAGGCUGUCCCAAAUUCUUCAGAGAAACUAGAAGCCAUGAAUAGUGAAGGGAAAGUGACUGAGAUGUAUAGUCAUAAAGAGGGUACCAGUUUGUUAUCCAUGUUCAUUCAUCAAGAUUCAGAUGCUGCUUUGGAAGACUGUGAAGUCACAGAUGACGUCAGCCUUUCUCAUGGUAUCAUAUCUAUCACAACUCAGAAGAAAGAAGCCUGCAACAAGACAGAAGACUAUUUAAAAUUCAGGAAAGGCUGUUGUAAAGCAGAUCCUAACAGAUCGUUGGAUCAAAGAAGCACGAAUGUCUUGUGGGAUUGCUCUACGCUGGAGACAAUGGGUAGUGUCUCCAGGGAGGAAAGCACUUUAGAAAAACUUUCUGGUUUGAAGGAUUCAAUGAAUUCUAAGGAAGCUGAAUGGAGAAAUCCUUGUAACCCAAAGGAAUUCAAUUCUGCAGUGGAAUCCAAACUCAUAACAAUGCUGCAGGUGAAUACUAAGGAUUUAGGAAGGGAGACCGAGCACUUACACUCUCAGGCUUUACCACCACUUGUUGGAGUACAGACUGUUAGUGAAGAUGAAAGAUACCAUAGCAGUGAACCAAAGCAUGUAGACACCUUCAGCAAAGAACACUUGAACAAAAGUCAAGCAUUGGAGAAAGAAGACUUUCACAGAUUUGAUUGGAGUUCUGGGCACAGAGAAGGGCAUGGGCCACUCCCCAAAAACACAAGUAAAUCACCAGAUGUAGCAACAAACCUGUCUGCUAAGAGACGGUCUGCACGAGAAGCUUCUUUGUUGGCUUUACCGGUAUUUAGAAAAAUGCUAAAUCCCCAUUUAAAUAAAGCAACCAGUGUAGAGUGUGUGUUCUCUCCCUGGAAGGGACAGGCAGUGGAUUCUGAUAUAGAUGAAAUAAGUUCUGCUAUUCCAACUGACUGGGCAUUAGAGAAAUCAGGACUUCAGACAGCUAUGGAUCUUGUUGUUCAUAAACAUGGUUGGACAGUUAGUGACAAAGACACUAUGGAACAUGUUCCCCUAAGGUCUGUGGAAUCUCCUUCCUGUAGCACUUUUGAUGAAACAAGACCUUAUAUGUGCAAUGUCCUUUUGGAGGAGCAAGAAAAAGAUGAUGUUGGCCAAGAAGGGGAUCCAACUGUUUACACAUGCAUUGAGUGUAGCAUCUAUUUUAAGAUGAAAGAACAUUUGAUGGAUCAUAUGCUUCAGCAUAACAGAGGAUUGGAUCAGGACAAAGAAGACACUAGAGGUCUGGAUCAGUUGACCUGUAAUGAGUGUGGAUGGGGUUUUGGGGACAUUGAAUCUCUAGACCAGCAUAGGAGGCUUCAUCAGCAAUCAAGAGAAAAGAUCAUUGAAGAAAUUCAGAAGCUUAAUGAAUUAUCAGAUGAAGGGAGAGAUGCCAGGCUACAAUGCCCAAAAUGUGUGUUUGGAACCAAUUCUUCUAAAGUGUUUGUUCGGCAUGCAAAAAUGCAUGUUAGGGAGAGGAAAAACCAAGGUUUGAAGAAUGUGUUUGGCAGUUCUGCUUGUAGUGAACCACAGAAUAGCUCUAUGCACAAUGUGUAUAAACAUUUCAGGCCAAAUGAACAUAUAUCUCAAGUUGCACAUGAUGCACACAGUAGAAGUAAAAAGCUUAGCAUUUGCACGCUUUGCAGCUUCCCUGCACCAGAUGAAAAUAUUUUAAAAGAACACAUGAAAUAUGCUCAUUCCCACCUGCCCUGGAACAUAGAGACUUUGGAAGCAGACAUGAACCAACCUGGGACUAGUAGGGAUGACUAUAGCUCUAGCGAGUCAGGACGAUUUUUGGAAAAUGAUUAUUUGAGCAAAACAGACAGAUUCUUUCCACAGUACCACUGUGAAACUAUGCCCCGCUACAACUCUUUCCUUGAGUGCACAGCAGGUCAUCCAAAACUUCAUAAAACUAAUGGCACUAAUAUAAAGGACAUCCCAAUGCCAGGAUUUCGGGCUAGGAAACGAGCUCCCUAUAACUCCUCACAGAAUGUCUUGGCAAUGUCCACUCUUACCUCAUCAAAAGCUUAUUCUCCAUAUGCCUUGAACCAAAUGAGAAAUAAAAGCACAACUCUGCCACUUGAGGCUGAGAGAGAGAGUAUCCAAAGCCAUACAGGUGGGUUGGAGGAACAACUGUGCAAAUGGUUACCUAUAAACAAUAUUAGGACGACUGAAGAAGAAUUCCCUUUGAUGACAGAAAUAGAAUUAGCACAGAAUAGAUACUUUAACCCUUUUGUUAUUCCUCAAUCUGCCUUGGAACUCAAAAGGACUUUUGUAGGCACUUUGAAGGCAAUGGAUUGUACAACCCUAUCAGCAGGACAGCAACAGCAGUUACAUCAAAUGGUUCCUAUUGUUCUUGUUGAGGAAAUUAAUAUUUAUCCCCAAAAGAGGAAGAAGCCGAAGAUGAAGAAUCUGAGAAAAAAGUUGUCACCUGCAAGACACUUUGGAAUGGAGGAAUCUCUUCCCUUAGGUGUAUUUCUGUUAGAUUCCUCUCUAGAAGGAUCUCUUGAACUGGAUGAUCUUCUGGGUACAGAUUCCACAAUGCUGAAAAAUGAGGAGAGAAAAUGCCCAUACUGUCCUGACAGAUUCCACAAUGGGAUUGGUCUGGCCAAUCAUGUGCGGGGCCACCUGAACAGGGUGGGUGUGAGCUACAAUGUCCGUCACUUCAUCUCUGCAGAAGAAGUGAAAGCUAUUGAGCAAAAAUUUUCCUUCCAAAAGAAGAAGAAAAAAGGUAUUGCAAACUUUGAUCCCAGUACGUUCAGUUUAAUGAGAUGUGAAUUCUGUGGAGCUGGCUUUGACACACGUGCAGGGUUAUCCAGCCAUGCCAGGGCCCACCUGCGGGAUUUUGGCAUCACUAACUGGGAGCUCACCAUUUCACCAAUUAAUAUCUUGAAGGAACUACUAGCCAAUUCAUCUGAACAACACCCCGUGUUGCAGUAUGUGAUGGAAACAGACCCCUCAUCUCCAAAUGAAGAAAGAGAGAUGCUUGGGUUUGGGCCCUGCAAAACUACACUCCCCAUAUCUGAUUACAGCAUUUCACAAUCAACUUUUCCCCCCUUCCCUUCUUCCUGGGGAGAUGAGACCAUGCAGGCUUUCAGACAUGUUAUGGUUUCUGAGGAAGAAGAGGAGAUGAUUACCUCAGAGAUGAGCUCGCCACUCCUCCAGAAGAAGAAUUCUUUGGCUGGAUCACUAGAUCAGAUUCCAAACCGAAUAGGAACCUCACUUUCUCCUGAAUCUUCAAGCAACAAGGCAGACUCCCAGGAUGCCAAAUCACCAAACCUCACGAAAUGUGAGGUCUGUGGUACCUGCUUCGAGACCCGCAAGGGCCUGUCCAGCCAUGCUCGUUCUCACUUACGGCAGCUUGGUGUGGCUGAGUCUGAGAGCAGUGGAGCUCCUAUCGACUUACUUUAUGAACUGAUGAAACAGAAGGGAAAAGUGGACAGCAGCCCCGUCUCUCCAAGUCUUAGCAAAAAAUCUGCCUCUCCCAAAGAAAGGUCUGCAGGGUCCUCCCGGCCAACACUGCUGCUGCCUCUCGACAAAGCCUCGGAAAGGUCACAAGAGCCACCUGUAAACAAAGCAAUCAAAUCCCCUCCAGGUUUCACCCCCAAGAAUGUUUCCCAACCAGGAUCUCCCAUAUUCAAGAAAAUGGCAUCUGCUCUGCCUGGUUCUCCGCCACAAAAGAACCCUGAAGACAAAAGCCCCAAGCUACCGUUGGGCCCUCUGCAGAAUUCACCUAAAACACAGUGGUCACAACUGGAGGAUGAAGGCCCUUUAAAUCUAACUGUAGAUAGUGACUCGGGCAGAGAAAUUGACUGCCAAUUAUGUGGUGCCUGGUUUGAAACCAGAAAAGGGCUGUCAAGUCACGCUAGAGCCCACCUGAGACACCUGGGAGUGAGCAAUCCAGAUGCUAAAGGAUCUCCUAUUGAUGUUUUAAAUGAUCUCAUCAAAAAUGAAGACUUCAAAGGCCGUCUUUCCUCUCUCAUCCAUAGCGAGAGAGACUCAUUAGGGGAGAUUGGGAGUUCUGAUGGACACAGCCCAAAGAGUACAGCUACAGCAACACCUACCACAGGCAUGAAACAAGCACACUCACCAAGGCCUUUGGGCAAACAGCCAUCUAUACUCUCACCUCACUCCCUUCCACCAUCCAAGAAGCUGAAGCCACAUGGGCACAGGCUGUCACUUGUGGCCAGUCUACAAAGGAAACAGGGUCUUUCUUCCAGUGCGUACUGGGCAUCAGAUGCUGAGAUGGCUCCACUCAAUCUCUCCUCUGGUGCAGAACCUGUGCGGGACAUCAGAUGUGAAUUCUGUGGGGAAUAUUUUGAGAAUCGCAAAGGGCUCUCCAGCCAUGCCAGAUCCCAUCUACGUCAAAUGGGAGUGACUGAGUGGUACGUGAACGGUUCUCCAAUUGACACACUCCGAGAAAUUCUGAAAAGGCGAGCUCAACCUCGGACCAGUACCUCAAGUUCCCCAGCACAUGGUCAGAAGUCAAUGACCCAGUCGGUUCUUGGAGGCUCUCUGGAACCCUGUAGCCCAGGAGAAAGCCACAUGCCUGGGAUCUCUAAGAAGGCACAGCAGCCAGGGAGCCCCAUGGGACACUCGCCUACCUCUUCUCCUCCCCCAACCGCUAGAAAAAUAUUCUCCGGGCUUCCUUCUUCUUUGCAUAAGAAAUUGAAGCAAGACCAAUUACGAAUGGAAAUCAAGCGGGAAAUGAUAUCUGGGGGACUUCAUAAUGAAUCGCAUCUGUCUGACAGAGCCUGGUCACCACGGGAAGAGAUGUCUCCACUCAAUCUCUCUGCUCGUGCAGACCCUGUCCGGGAAAUUCGUUGUGAAUUUUGUGGCGAGUUUUUUGAGAACCGGAAGGGGUUGUCCAGCCAUGCCAGGUCUCACUUACGUCAGAUGGGAGUAACUGAAUGGUCAGUCAAUGGAUCUCCCAUUGAUACAUUACGUGAAAUCAUAAAGAAAAAGAACAAGCCGUGCUUGAUAAAGAAGGAGCCAAACACAAUGAGCAUUGAGCUUCCCACAGCUAUGGGAGACGAUGGAGCUGAUCCUAAAUUGCCUGGAAAAAUUCUGCAGCCCAUGACAUUGUCUCCACUGGGCGGAAAGACUGGAAAACCACAUCUUGGUCGGGAUAUGUCCUUGUCCCUACUCAAGUCACAGGAGGGAUUCUUGGCACCACUCUCUGCUAAACGGCCACUAUCAGAUGAACGACUGAGUGGCCAUGAAAUGAAACAUAAAACAUACAUCCAGACCGAAUUGCCAUUCAAAGCCAAGUUGUUACAUGAAAAGCCCACUCAUACAUCCAGUGAAGCCUGCUGUGAACUCUGUGGCCUCUACUUUGAGAACCGCAAAGCACUAGCCAGCCAUGCUCGGGCACAUCUCAGACAGUUUGGCGUAACUGAAUGGUGUGUGAAUGGAUCCCCAAUUGAGACUUUAAGUGAAUGGAUCAAGCAUCGCCCCCAGAAAGCGGGAGCCUAUCGCAGCUACAUCCAAGGUGGCCGGCCCUUUGCAAAGAAGUUCCGCAACGCUGCUCACCUGCGUGAUGGUGAUGCCUCUGGGAAGAGAGUUGCUCUGAGCCUGCAUGCAGGCAGCCCUUCACUGAUGAGCAGAAGCCUAAGUGGGGAAAUGAUGCCAAACGAGCACAGUAAAGGUGUGGAUGGUUGUGGCAGCAGUGAGCGACCUGCAAUCACGUCCCCUUUGUCGCUUGUAAAGGUGGAAGAGCAUCAGCAACAUAACAUCAACAAGUUUGAACGGAGGCAGGCAAAGCCCAUUGAGGCUCCUCUACAUAGGGAAGAGGAAUCCAGUGACUUGCAACAGAGGGCUGAAGAGGUCCGCCAGCCAGCCCCCAGAGUAAGACCAGUGCCCUCUUUGGUUCCUAGGCCACCACAGACUUCCUUGGUGAAAUUUGUGGGCAACAUCUACACACUAAAGUGCAGAUUUUGUGAAGUGGAGUUUCAAGGACCCCUCUCCAUCCAAGAAGAGUGGGUGCGGCAUCUUCAGCGCCACAUUUUGGAGACUAACUUCUCCAAGGCUGAUCCGUUGCGAAGUGGGACUGAUAUGCCUGCAGCAGCACCUGUAGCUGAAGCCCAAUAGCAAAGCUCUUAGGAAGCACCAGCAUUCCAGGCUUUCUGCCUUACAUUUCCAAAUGUACAAGAAUAAUGUUGAACAAAUAGGAGUGAACACGUUUGUUUUUCUGGGUUCUAUAGUUUCGCUACAGAGUCCAGGUAUUAUUCAUAGACUUAAUUUGGACUUUCAGAGGCUAAGAGAAGAGUCCAGAGUUUGAGCACUAAACAAAACCAAGUUGGGUUGUUUUUUUUUUUUGUUUUUUUUUGGAGAUGUCCUUAUUGAUAGCAGUGGCAUUCCACACUAGAGCUUCUUGUGUGUGUACUGUCUGCACAGAGGGAGGAUGGGUUUUUUUUUUUAAAGCAAAAAAGAAUUGUCCUUAACCUCCCAGUAAAUGCAAUUUUUUCCAAAGACACACUCUCCUCACACGGAGAAAACAUUUCACUCGCUCUGUUGCAGUUCAGGCUGUAGAAGAUGUUUUGGUGAGAGAGAUGAAUGUGAGGUUCUAGUGAAAGUUGUGAACAUGGGGGUCAUUUUGAGCCCAAACAUAAUCUGGGAGGGUAGAAGAAGAGCUAAUUUGCUGUGUGGGGGAAAGCUAUUGAUUCUAUAUGUGACCUUAAUAUAUGUUUGAUUCCUUAGAUGACAAGUCUUUAGUUUCUGUGGACGUUGGAUCCUGUUGUGCAUGUUCACAUCCUCUAAUUGUGUGUAAUGGGGUACUCCAUCCCAGUACGUUAUAGGGGAAAUCAAGAACUUCUUGACCAUAUACGUUUGCCUCUUCCUUACUUCCUAAUGUCAAUUGGUUAUCCUUGUUUCCUGUGGAAUUUUAUAUGUAGGUAAUCCUACUCUGCAAUACUAUGGCAGUUUGAUUUUGGUAGAGGGAUAAGAUUCUCUUUUAUCUUAAGCCUUGGGCUAAUGAUUGACCUCUGCCUGAAGAUGACAUGUCCUUCUGGCCAGUUCUGAAUUAAUAAGUUAUAUCCAGGAGCGACUGAAGAACUUGCCGCACAGACUUCUGGACUUCUUGUUGGAGGGGCUUUAUAUGUUGUUUCCUUUCUAGCAGGCACUUGGUGCAGUUCCCGGAUCAGCAACAGUAAGUCCUACUGGAAUUUCUGCUUUCCUGUUUUCGAUUACCGUUGCCGUCUUCUUUCUCUUCAUUGAACCUCAACUUUUUAAACUCUAGUUUUGUGUAGAAAUAAUGAGCGUUUGUUUUUAUUUGGAACUCAAGCUGAUCAAAGCUAGAAGAGAAAUUACCUUUUAACUUUUUCAAUAGGCAUAUUCUGGUUAUUAUUGUACCUAGGAAUAUGUAUAUUAGAUUAAACUCUGUUCUGGAAA